AUGAAACAGCCCCUGAUCCUGUCCCUUCUCCUGCUGGGGAUUGUUUCUGCUUUUCAUCUGGAGACUGCUCACGCUCAUCCGGAGACUCCCAAGAGAGAGAAAACCCUGAAGCAGGAAGCAGAUGGUUCGGGGGAGCAAGGGAGAGAGCUGGUUCUGACUCAAGAGACACAGCAGACAGAGGGAGAGGAAGUUGAGGGUUGCGAACAUCAAGACAUCUUUGAGGAUGAGGAGGCAAUGGAGUCAGAUCCAGAUGCCUUAAAUGAGGACUGGGCUUGCCCCAAGGAAGAGAACGUAGCUCAUUUUCAGGGAACUCCUGGGUGCAAGAGCUGCCACUAUGUGCUGGUGAGGACUCCGGAGACAUUUUAUAAGGCCCAGAGAGCCUGCAGGAGAUGCUACCGAGGCAACCUCGCUUCCGUCCACAGCUAUAGCUUCAACUACCAAAUUCAGAGCUUGGCCAGGAAGAUCAACCAGUCCACCGUCUGGAUUGGAGGCAUCCUCAGUGGAUGGUGCUUCUGGAAGAAGUUUUGCUGGAUGGAUGGGAGCUGCUGUGAUUUUGGAUACUGGGCUCCAGGGCAGCCUGGGAGUGGGGGAGGACACUGUGUGACUCUGUGUACCAAAGGGGGCCAUUGGCGAAGAGCUUCAUGCAAAAGUCACUUGCCUUUCAUCUGCUCCUUCUAA